AUGGCUCCUGAAAACGUCACCUGGGUUACUGAGUUUAUUCUAAGAGGUAUCUCGAGCAGUCCAGAUCUCCAGAUUCCACUCUUCUUUGUUUUCCUGGUCAUCUAUGGGCUGACCUUGGCUGGGAACCUGAGCAUUAUCACUCUCACCAGUGUUGACUCUCAACUUCAGACCCCCAUGUACUUUUUCCUCCGGCACUUGGCGAUCAUCAACCUUGGCAACUCUACUGUCAUUGCCCCUAAAAUGCUGAUCAACUUUUUAGUAAGAAAGAAAACCAUCUCCUAUUAUGAAUGUGCCACCCAACUGGGAGGGUUUUUGGUUUUCAUUGUAGCUGAAGUUUCCAUGUUAGCUGUGAUGGCCUAUGACCGAUACGUGGCCAUUUGUAAUCCCCUGCUCUACAUGGUGGUUUUAUCUCACCAGAUCUGCCUUCUGCUAGUAUUACUCACGUAUGCCUAUAGCUUUUCCACAGCUAUUGUGACAACAUCUUCUGUAUUCUCUAUGUCUUACUGCUCUUCCAAUGUGAUCAAUCAUUUUUACUGUGAUACUGUCCCUCUGUUAGCCUUGUCCUGCUCUGAUACUUACUUCCCAGAAACAGUCAUUUUUGUGUCUGCAGCUACAAAUUUGGUUUGUUCCAUGACUAUAGUACUAGUAUCCUAUUUCAACAUUGUUCUAUCCAUUUUAAGGAUACGUUCAUCAGAAGGAAGGAAAAAAGCCUUUUCCACAUGUGCUUCCCAUAUGACAGCCAUCACAAUUUUCUAUGGGACACUACUAUCCAUGUAUUUGCAGCCUCGAACUAGCCAUUCACUGGACACCGAUAAAAUGGCUUCUGUGUUUUACACACUUUUGAUCCCCAUGCUGAAUCCCAUGAUCUAUAGCCUGAGGAAUAAGGAUGUGAAGGCUGCAUUAAAGAGAUUGCUGACAAAUUUAUUCUGUUCUUUUAAAUCAAUGUGA